GGCGCCGACCGCGCCUUCACCUUCGACCACGUCUUCGAUACGGCCGCGGCACAGCACGAGGUCUACGAGGGCUGCGCCCAGGCGCUCGUAGAGCGCGUGCUCAAGGGCUACAACUCGACCGUGCUCGCGUACGGACAGACCGGCUCGGGCAAGACGCACACAAUGGGAAGCAUCGGAACGCCUUCGAGCGCCGUGCCCGAGGCGGCGCUUGGGAUCAUCCCGCGCACCGUCGCCGAGAUCUUUGCACGGGUGGCGGGCGGCGACGGCGAGCUCGAGGGCGCGGCGCUCGCGGCCAGCGCCUCGUUUAUCGAGGUGUACAAGGAGGACAUCCACGACCUGCUGCAGCCGCCGAUCGAGGCGGCGGCGGCCGACGGCGCACCCAAGCUGGCGACGCUGGAGGUGCGCGAGAAGGAGGGCGCGAUUGCCUUGCCGGGGCUGGCGAUGCGGCCGGUUGGAUCGCCGGAGGAGGCGAUGGCCGUGCUGUCUGACGGCUCGAGCAACCGCGCGACGGGGGCGACCGCGAUGAACGCGACGUCGUCCCGUUCGCACGCAAUCUUCACCGUCAGCAUCGAGCUCCGCCUCCGGGGCGGCAAGGUGCUGACGCCGCGCUUCAACUUUGUGGACCUCGCCGGCUCCGAGCGCGCCAAGCGGACGGGCGCGUCGGGCGACCGCUUCGCCGAGGGCGUCCAGAUCAACAAGGGGCUGCUCGCCCUCGGCAACGUCAUCUCCGCGCUGUGCGAGAAGCACGCCCACGUGCCCUACCGCGACUCGAAGCUGACGCGGCUGCUGCAGGACUCGCUCGGGGGCAACGCGCACACGCUGAUGAUCGCGUGCGUCUCGCCGAGCGACGCCGACAUGGAGGAGACGCUCAACACGCUCAAGUACGCCAACCGGGCGCGGCAGAUCCAGAACAAGCUGCUGAUCGCGCAGGACCCGGUGCAGGCCCGCAUCGCGGAUCUGCUCGAGCAGGUGGAGACCCUCAUUGAAUGUUAA